CGCCCCACAAGAAGCGGUGUAACAAGAUAGCAUAUAAGUAGAGGUAAGCAUCGAGCGAGUUAACCAAGGAAAAGUUGCUGUGGUCUUGCAAAAACACAUUCAUCACAACACAGUCAUGGCGUCUUCCAACGAGAAUUAUCCACCAGGGCCAUACGAGGCGGACAAACACAUAACACCUCCACCUAGGCCAAUUUCCCCGUCAACCGCAGAAUACCAACUCAACCAUAUGAUGAUACGUAUCAAGGAUCCAGAGAAGAGCAUGAAGUUCUACUGUGACUGUUUGGGCAUGCAUGUCAUCUUCAUCUUCAACGCCGGGCCGUUCACGAUCUACUAUCUCGGACCACGAGACGUUGGUAUGGCUAAUCUUCGAACGUCAAAGGGCUUACUGGAAUUAUAUCAUAUUCCCGCAGACUCGUCUACGCCUUAUACUUCUGGCAAUGACUACCCUGGUCCUGGAAUUGGGCUUGGUCACCUUGGGUUUACAGUUCCUGAUGUCGCUGAAGCAGUGGAAAGGGUUAAGAGCCACGGGUUCGAGGUCAUCAAACCGUUGGAUGAGGCGAAGGAAGAGCAGAUGGGUAUACCGGCAGAUGCUGUUGCCGGAAAGCAUGGAAAAGUGCCAGAUGGGUACAAGCAUCUCUUUAAACAAUUGGCUUUUGUGAAGGAUCCUGAUGGCUACUGGGUUGAAUUCAUACCACCAGCUUUCAGAGCCGAGUAGCUAAUGAAAGCAGUUCAAGGUUGCGUGAGACUUCAAUUGUAGAACGGUUGAAAUAUUUGUUGCAC